UCCUGGGUUCUUCUCACUUCACAGAAAGCCUCAGUCAAAUCCCCAGACAACUCGAGAAAAAAAAGGAAAUAACAUCUGUUUAUCUGCAUAUUUCUAUGUUCAAAAAACAAGAGGAGAAAACACAGAGAUCGACAGAGGACAAAAAACAUCUCAGAGGAUGUGGAAUUAGAAAGAACAAAUUGCCACUGGAGGACCAAAGGGAAAAUACACCUUUUCUCGCAGAUCCACCAGAGUGGAGUCACCUCACCUGUACCUUCGGAUUAAAGAGCAGGGUCAUGUCCCAGUUGCCAUGCGCAUCGCCACGCUGACCUGCCUCCCCGGCCCUUCCCCCUUCCUCUUUCUAUUGGCCCAGCUGCUACUGCGGCUCCUCCUCCCUGGGCCGGAGUUUGUGGGAGCCGCCUCCUCCUGCCCCUCCCUGUGCACCUGCUCCAACCAGGCCAGCCGAGUCAUCUGCACCAGGCAGAACCUGGAGGAAGUGCCCGAAAGCAUAUCAGUCAACACGCGAUACCUCAACCUGCAGGAGAACUCGAUACAGGUAAUCAAGUCGGACACUUUCAAGCACUUGAGGCACCUUGAGAUCCUCCAGCUCUCCAAGAAUCAGAUCCGUCAGAUCGAAGUCGGAGCAUUCAAUGGCCUCCCCAACCUCAACACACUGGAGCUCUUCGACAACCGCCUCACACUGGUGCCAUCACAUGCCUUCGAGUACCUCAGUAAGCUACGGGAGCUGUGGCUGCGCAACAACCCCAUCGAGACCCUGCCGGGCUAUGCCUUCCACCGAGUGCCCUCGCUACGUCGCCUGGACCUGGGUGAGCUCAAGAAGUUGGAUUUCAUCUCUGAUGCAGCCUUCGUGGGCCUCAUCAAUCUGCGCUACUUGAACCUGGGUAUGUGUGGGCUGAAGGACAUUCCCAAACUAACGGCUCUUGUGCGUUUGGAGGAGCUGGAGCUGUCAGGAAACCGACUUGAGAUCAUCCGACCCGGCUCCUUCCAGGGCCUGGUGUCCCUCCGCAAGCUGUGGCUCAUGCACUCGCAGGUGUCAGUCAUUGAGCGCAACGCCUUCGAUGACCUGAAAAACCUGGAAGAGCUCAACCUGUCCCAUAACUCCCUGCACUCCUUGCCCCAUGACCUCUUCACACCCCUUCACCAGUUGGAGAGAGUACACCUGAACCACAACCCCUGGAUCUGCAACUGUGACGUGCUUUGGCUCAGUUGGUGGUUGAAAGAGACGGUGCCCAGCAACACCACCUGCUGUGCCCGCUGCCAUGCGCCACCAUUCUUAAAGGGCAAGUACAUCGGGGAGCUUGACCAGAGCCACUUCACCUGCUAUGCGCCGGUCAUCGUGGAGCCACCGACAGACCUUAAUGUCACUGAGGGGAUGGCUGCUGAGCUCAAGUGUCGCACGAGCACCUCCACGACAUCUGUGAACUGGAUCACCCCUAACGGCACCCUGAUGACCCAUGGCUCCUACCGGGUGCGGAUAUCCGUCCUGCAUGAUGGCACGCUCAACUUCACGAAUGUCACCCUGCGUGACACGGGUCAGUACACCUGUAUGGUCACCAACGCUGCUGGCAACACCACAGCGACGGCUGUCCUCAAUGUCACAGCUGCUGAUGCCAGCGUCAACUACACCUAUUUUACAACAGUCACAGUGGAAACGGUGGAGACCCCUGGAGAUGAAGAGGGCGCGUUAACAGCCAUCAAUGAGACCUUCAUCCGUGUUCACCCUGGCCCCACACCAUCGGGCCACCUGUGGCCGGAAGGUGUCCCCACCACAGCCUCCUCUCUAUCAGCGGGCUGGUCCUCCUCCUCUCCCCGGGCCACCCGACCAACGUUCACUGUGCCCAUCACGGAACCGGGCUUCUCAGGCCUGGAUGAUGUGAUGAAGACCACCAAGAUCAUCAUUGGCUGCUUUGUAGCCAUUACCUUCAUGGCGGCGGUGAUGCUGGUGGUGUUCUACAAGCUGAGGAAGCAGCACCAGCUGCACAAACACCACGGCCCUGCUCGUGCCAUUGAGAUCAUCAACGUGGAGGAUGAGCUGGGGGCUGGGGCCAGCGGGCGGGGCAGCGGCAUCUCAGGAGGCUCCACGGUGACGCAGAGCGGCAGCAGUGGAAUAGGAGGGGGCCAGAGCCUCAGGCUGCACCACCCAGAGAUAGUCAAUCUGCCCAACCUGGCCCGAUCGGAGCACCUCAACCACUACUACAAAACUCAUCACUUCAACAACAACAUGAUGGGCCUGGGCAUGGGCACGGGCCCCGGUGUGGGCCUCAACAACAACAACAACCCCUCGCCUUGCUCUCAGUCUCAGAACACGUCUAUAUCGUGUUCCCAGGUUCCAACCAGCGGAGGAACGGUCACAGGUGGCGGCACCCUGCCCUCCCCUGUACCCCUGCCCCAGCUGGGUCUCCACAGUUCUCUGAAAGGCCUUAUGGGGAAAGGCCAGAAUGAGCCCCUGCUUUUUAAGAGCGGCUCCAAGGAAAAUGUGCAAGAGACUCAAAUUUGAGUAAAAGUGAGAGUGGAAGUAUGAGAGAGAUGCUGGUAGAGACAGUGAGACAGAAAGAGCCUGUGAGACCGAGUAUAUGAGACUGAUUGUAGCCUACUGUCCUCAUGGACAGAUUCCAGAGAAGAUUAUAUUUCACAUAGUCACUGCUUUGUGUUGUCAAUCUGUUGACAGAGAGAAGCAGAUAGGAGGACUGAGGAGGAUAUCUGAUCAGCACUAGGCCCACCAAUAGCAUCCGUGCAUACUUUUAAAUGAGACACAAACAUAUACUGUGUAAAUCACAAACAUCAGAGUCAUUCAGUUUCUGUGCAGCCUGCUAUAGUCUUUGCCAAAGUCCACGAUCAAGCCAACUCUUUUCAUUUGCGUCCACAAUCACAGUGGAAAGCUAUGAAUAAUACACAUGCUACGAGCCUCUCUAGGUUUUCUACAGAUCGCUUCGUAUAUUUCCAGACACAUUCAGUGUAUAUAUUUGGAGGGAGACAUAAUAUUGGCCAUUGAACAUGUUGUCAGAUUAGUGUUUGGCAGAGACACUGAAUAACAAACAAUGGUUUGGGUGAGCACUACGGUCCCAGGUUUCCAGGAAGCACUAAAACAAAACAGAGAAAGCUAAAUUAGAGCAGUGCAGCGAAUCUGUCCAGGACACACGUAUCAGACAACUUUGCAGACGGAACAACUAUUGUUAUUUUCAGAGCGGUUUCACUCUCACUUUUUCCUUUUACACCUAACUGGCUACUGAAGGAGGAGAGGGACAGAGUGGGAGAAGAAGAAUCCCACAGUAAAAAGGACAACGAGUUAUUAUUUAAAAAAAAAGGACCGAAAGUACAUAUUAUAUAUACCGUAAAUAUAUUUUCAUUCAAAGAAAUAAAUUAUAAAGAAUCUUUAUCAAGCUUCUGACUGAAAACUACAACGUCUGAAGAAUAUAUAUAUAUAUAUAAAAAAAGAAGUACACACAGCUGUUGUAGUGGCUCUCACUUACAACUUUUUCCAAACUUGGAACAAGAUGGCGGCUCUGACUGUGCUGCGUAAGGACACGUGUAGGAGAGAGGCGUCCUGGAGCUGAGACAAAAACCUGGCAAAGUGUUUGAGUGAAUUUAUUUUGGUCUCGACUUUUUUGUAGCCACACAAAGUGUUUUCCCUCUCCUAUCGCAUUCACAUAAACAGGGUCAUAGGAGAAGGAUCUUUACUGCGAAAAUAUGAAACACAACUGCAGCUCUUCAUCGUUUGGUAAUAGUGUAGCUACAGCGUUAAUAAUAAUGCUCACAGUGGUAAUAAUGAUAACAAGCGUUAGCUUUAUCCGUCAUUUAGUGAUGAAAUGAUCAACAAUAUGUUACUGAACUGACUAAAACGUUGCACAUGCUACUUCAGCAUGCUCUAAAUUUGGUUUGUAAUGGAUCACACUGAUGCUAUGACACAUUAUUGUUAUUAUGUUAUCAUUAUUAUCAUUCAGAUGACUAUUAUUAUUACUACUUGUGCCUACAAAUAGCUGAGAAGUACUUUUUUUUUUUUGCAUUUGUAUAUGACACUGAAGUUGUUUUGUGACUGAUCCUGUUGGACUCAGGCUAAUGAUCGGACUCAGCGUGCUACUAAGUGAACUCCACAUGCAUCAGCAGGAAAUAACCCGGCCCUCAAAAUGGCUUCCUCAGUCCAGCCCUCACGGACUCGUCUGCUCUGAUGUCUCAAGCAGUCAGGACCCCUCAUGUCAUCACACAUUAAAGACAGGACAUGAACCUUUGAUGAAGACUGCUCCUUUGCAGGGGAUUAUUUCACAACUGUAUCUCAGUGUUAUCGUGUAUGAGUGGAUUUCAUGGCGGCAGCGAGCUAAAUGGACGGCGAGCAUUUUUAAAGGUAAGCGAAGCUCGUUCGGUGGAGGAGAAGGUGACAUACAGUACAGUAUACAGUGGUGGGAGAAUUUUUUUCUAAAGAAAAAGGACAAUUAAAUGAAAAAAUAUAGAACCUUAUAGAUCUCUUUUAAAAAAAAACAAAAUUAUUAUGAUAAGUGUUUUUCAUUUUGGGUUUUUAUCUAGUUUGAUUAUUUUCUGUUUUUUAAAUCAAGUGAUAUCUUUAUUGUAAUAUUGUUAUUGUUAUUAUAAUUAGCUAAUUACACUGGUUAUAAUUAUGAGAGAUGUUCUGUUAGCUGAGGUCACUUUGAAAAUUAAAAAAACCUGGCACAUAAAA